UCUCGUUCUUCUUUUGAGACUUCUCGUGGGAAAACUGAAAGCUGUAGCUUUCCGUAAAUCUGCCUCCCCACCAAACGCACCUGUCACAGCCCUGAAAACCCGUAAAACUUCACUUUGCGGCGCAGUCUGGCACCACCAUUCGGCUGGUGUGCAAGACAUGAGGUGCUCCUGUGACUCCAAGAGAUUUGGAUGGAAAAGCCAUUCAGUGACUCAGCAAGUCUCUCAUCGCAGCGAGAAGCUCAGUCGCGAAGGAAACUGGCUUCGUAUAUCCAAAGGGCUCGUCCUCGAUCGCCCGGCGUCACACGUCGCAUAAGUAGAGGAAGCAGCGUUGAUCGGGGUGGGGGAACGGGUAGCAUCAGCACGUGCAGCAGCGGCCGAGAUUUGAGUCGACAUGUUCCCGUUUCGAAUGACAAGCCGACCCUCUCAACACAUGAACUGCGAAAGCACGACAACCCUCAGGUAAAUGCACACUUUGGCUCGGAACGUCAUGGCUUCCUGCAUGCCGGUGGACGGUCGGUUCCGCCGAGCCAUUCUAGAUCGUCUUCCGAGGCUUUGCGCAGGCCAUUUUCUCAAACCAACAGGUCCAUCAACGACGGGCACGACCUUAGAACCCUUGAAGGGACUCAUAACACCGGAAGGCGGACUUCCCGGACUCUGUACGCUGUUGGCUGCACCAUAAGCGGCAGCUGCAAUAUCGAAAACAACGGCUGUGCGACCGAUGAGGAUCCGAAUCAGAAGUUGGCACCACCCGACCGCAGUCAUGUGUUUCGACGAGCAGCGAACGGUUGCUCCGCACACAUAAAUCCCCGGCGCUUUCGCUCAGACGGUGUAAAUAGCAAGGAACAGCUUGUCGCCACAGUUUCAUCGCCGGCCCUUCGAUUCAGAGGUGAACUCCGAACCAGCUGCAGUGACGGCGGUGGAACAGGAGACGAGCAGUCUCUCGAUGCUACGCGAAGCGAUCGAAAUCGAGCACGACGCAGGAGGGGGAGAAGAGGGAAAUUAUCCAAACGAAGGAAUGAUUCUACAUCAGUAACACCCUUGACAGAAUGGUCUGCAGAAACCCAGCACAGUGAAGGUCAAGGUGGUACCGCGAUGGCGUCAUACGGGGUGACACCCGAGGCUUUCAGGUCUACGGUGUGUCAGGCCAGCAAUGCCCAGCACAAUAGAAGUGGCCGAGAAUUCAGUUCGACUCUUGCAGAUGUUCCUGCGGCUGCGUACGUCUCAAAACUGCCUCGCAUCCCACGCCAGUCAACUGACCAAGGUCUCGGAGAAGACAAGAAAAACGCGAUUGAGGAAGGCGUCCGUAUGAUUCUCCGAGCCAUGGGCGAAGACGUCACUAGGGCAGGCUUGCGGGAGACACCGAAGAGAGUUGCUGCUGCCAUGGAGUUUUUCUCUCGAGGAUACCGUGCCGAUCCAAAAGAUGUCAUACGGAAUGCCCUCUUCAGUGUGGAAGAGGGACACGAAGACGGCCAGUAUCUCGCCGGCAAACAAGGGAUGGUCACUGUGGGGCGUAUCGAUAUCAGUUCUCUGUGUGAGCAUCACCUUCUCCCUUUCUUCGGCAAAUGCCACAUUGGGUACAUUCCCGACAAGCAUGUGUUGGGCAUUUCCAAGUUCGCGCGAAUAAUGGAAAUUUACUCGCGCAGAUUACAGAUCCAGGAGAGGCUAACUCAGCAGAUCGCCCUGGCGGUGAUGAAGGUUGCGAAGCCUCGCGGAGUCGCCGUGUUGCUCGAAUGCACUCACAUGUGCAUGGCGAUGCGAGGCGUUUCGAGUCCUGGAAGCGUGACAACGACUAAAGCCUUCCUUGGCGUGUUCGAAACGGAUCCUGCCCUGCGGAGCGAGUUCAUGUCGUCGAUUUUUCGGCAGGCUGCCGCUGGGACAUAAAUUGAUGGAAGGGUUUCUUGUCUGCUGGAACUGUUUUUUUCCGCCGUGCAGAAGAAGAGGUAACUUGCUUUUGCACGCCCGCCUCCCGCUGGUUCACCCAGAAGUCCGUUCAUUGCGUGACAAAGGUGUCAAGCGGCAAUUCGCUUCCCACGAGGCCCCAAUAGAACAAUAGAUCUCUUUAUUCCUGAAUAUUCAAGGUAGCCUGUUCUGUGAACCGACCGUUUGUAAAAUUUGAAGUUCCAUAAAACCAUCAUGGGGUCACAACCCACAAUGCUUGUGGCAUCUAUCCGUAUUUGAUGUUCUAGGUGUCGAUGGGGAGCCACGCCACGGUGCGGCUCUCCGAACAUCAGCAUUUGGGUCAACCCGCUGCCGUCCUUUCGAUAGGAUGCUUCUCCUGCGAUCCGUGUCUUGUUUGGUACAUUCACACUGCGAUGCGUCUAGUUGUAAUAGACUUGCAAACGGCAAAAUUGGUCGUGUGAUCGUUUUUUAGACUGAAUUCAAUUUUUGCUGC